AUGUCGGCCGUGUUCAAACUGCAGCGCGCUUCAGACGGUGCUUUCGGUCGAUCACGAGUUUCCUGCGAAUCACGGCGCGAGCCAAUUAGCCAAGUUGUAAUCCCCGGCAUCUGCCGCAAAAAAAGAGAAGCGCCGGCCUCCAAUAAGUCCCGACCUCCAAUAAGCGCCGGGCCUCCAAUAAGCGAUGGACAUCCAAUAAGUGCCGGGCCUCCAAUAAACGCCGGGCCUCUAAUAAGCGAUGGACAUCCAAUAAGCGCCGGGCCUCUAAUAAGCGAUGGGCAUCCAAUAAACGCCGGGCCUCUAAUAAGCGAUGAACAUCCAAUAAACGCCGGGCCUCUAAUAAGCGAUGGACAUCCAAUAAGCGCCGGGCUACCAAUAAACGCCGGGCCUCUAAUAAGCGAUGGACAUCCAAUAAGCGCCGGGCCUCCAAUAAGCGAUGGACAUCCAAUAAGCGCCGGGCCUCUAAUAAGCGAUGGACAUCCAAUAAACGCCGGGCCUCCAAUAAGCGAUGGACAUCCAAUAAGCGCCGGGCCUCCAAUAAGCGAUGGACAUCCAAUAAACGCCGGGCCUCUAAUAAGCGAUGGACAUCCAAUAAGCGCCGGGCCUCCAAUAAACGCCGGGCCUCUAAUAAGCGAUGGACAUCAAAUAAGCGCCGGGCCUCUAAUAAGCGAUGGACAUCCAAUAAGCGCCGGGCCUCCAAUAAGCGAUGGACAUCCAAUAAACGCCGGGCCUCUAAUAAGCGAUGAACAUCCAAUAAGCGCCGGGUCUCUAAUAAGCGAUGGACAUCCAAUAAGCGCCGGGCCUCCACUAAGCGAUGGACAUCCAAUAAGCGUCGGGCCUCCAAUAAACGCCGGGCCUCUAAUAAGCGAUGGACAUCCAAUAAGCGCCGGGCCUCUAAUAAGCGAUGGACAUCCAAUAAGCGCCGGGCCUCCAAUAAACGCCGGGCCUCUAAUAAGCGAUGGACAUCCAAUAAGCGCCGGGCCUCCAAUAAGCGCCGGACCUCUAAUAAACGAUGUGACUACAAUAAGCGGCGGCCUCCAAUAA